AUGAAGCUGCAGUCCCUCAGCAUCCUAGCUAUCCUGGUUGUCUGUGCUCUUUCUCAUCUCAACCACCACAGCCACCCUGAACGAGCUGGCCUCACCGUCGAAAAGCCCCUUUACGUUGUUCACCCUCUUCACGGAGUCGAAGAUAACGUCAACUCCCCAGUCACCGUCAAUGGAUUCAUCGAAAUCCCCCAAGGAACCAAUGGAAAAUUCGAGCUCGACGAAGAAUCAGGCCUACUGAAGCUGGACAGAGUCUUAGCAACUCCGGUGGUCUUCCCCAUCAACUACGGAUUUUUGCCAAAGACUAUCGGUCUUGACAACGAUCCACUCGACGUGAUGGUGAUUUCCAGCCUCCAGAUCCCCUCUUCAACCUUGGUGGACGUGCGAAUCUUGGGAGUGAUGAGGAUGAUCGACACUGGAGAAGUUGAUGACAAGUUGAUCGGUGUUCCUGAAAAGGACCCAAUUUACUCAGGAUACAAGGAUCUUAGCGAUAUCCCCUCGCAGACCCUCAACAAGAUCAAGGCCUUCUUCGAGACAUACAAGAUCCUCGAUAACAAGAAAGUGUCAGUGGUGGGCUUCUAG